AUGUCCAGUAGCCUCAUGCUAGUGGCUUCAUUUCUGCUAUUCGCAAUCUCCGUCUCGGAGAGCCAAUUAGUGAUCAAGAAAUACGAAUUAUGCGGCGGCACGGGCAGUGUGAGGUAUAUCAAAGUUACGCCUUGCGUUGAGGAGCCUUGCGAGUUCAAGCGGAACAGCAAAGUUCACGUAGAAAUCGAAUUGGCAUUCGAGCAUCCAAGUGAAACCGCGACUCUCAAAUCGUUCGCCGACCUUAAAGCAUCGAACAUGACUCUGGUAGGAGUUCCCACGGAUUUCUGCAAGGCUAAGAUCGUCGAAUGUCCGAUCCGGGGUAGAGGAGAUUACCGAGUUGCAAAGUUCAUCGUUCCUAUCAAGAAGCUCUACACUCCCCUCAACGACAGCGAUACUUUACAGAAUUUCUACAACGCCAGUUUCAUGGGUUACGGUGACGCUGGCUGGGAAAUAUGCGUGAAGCUCCUAAUCCGCGUUCUAGAUGAGAUGCUCUGA